AUGAUUGUUGCUAAUUUCUCGAUGUUCUUGGAUCAUCCGAAGACCCAUAUGCUUGAUCCGUUACUUUCCGGUGCUCAUGGAGUAGCUGCCUGGUUGCUUCUUGCAUCAUCAUCUAGGUCAAUUCUUGAAUUUCUUACUUCUCUGGCACUUAUGAGGAUCCCUUCUCUUCACCCACAUGAUCGCAGUGGUGACCUGUCAUCCGUUCCUCAAGUGAGAAAGAGUGACAAGUGGUUCAACUUAAUACUAGGGGACCGCCCUGCAGCUCGUGAAAAUUUGAAUUUUUGGCACAGAAAUGUGAUGGAUCCAAUGAUAAUUGACAUAAUACUUGUUCGUGGAGGGCCUAGUUCUUCUUCUGUUGACAAUCUAUAUGUGAAUUCUGUGGAGGGGACAUCUGUUGAGACGAUUAUAGAGAGGUGGGUUGUCCAGUAUGAAACUCCGCGGGUUGUGGCUCCCCAAACUGGUGACACUUCGGCCUCUUAUAAGAAGACAUACAAGAAGUCAAUCAUACUUUUACGUACUCUUUAUUCAUAUAUGAGGCUUCUUCCAGCUUAUAGGAUCUUUAGACAGCUAAGUACAUCUAGUCAGACUUAUAAUUUUGAUAUUAUUUACAAGGUGUCUUCACUUAGAGAUCCAUUCUCAAGGGCGGAGGAGGAACUAAUGGAGGAGUACAGUUUUGCUCCUGUAGAGGCUCAUCCUGGCUGCCUUUCUUUAUCCGUGACUUACCGUUCAACACUAUCUGAUUUCAAUCUUGAGCCUGCAGCACCAAUGCCACCAAGGAUAAUUACAGAUUAUGUUGGUAGUCCUGCCACUGACCCCAUGAGGUCUUUCCCCUCAUCAGAGAAGGGUUCCUUUCCGCGAGGAGGAAUACCACCGCCAUAUACUGUGCCACAUCAACGCCCACACAGCUGGACAAGUGGCUUCUACAGGCCACCUCCUUUUAUUCACAAUAAACCCCUUGUCGGAUCUCCUCCUGCAUAUCGUGCACCUCCAAUGUCACACGACGUUGGAUCUCCUCCCAUUGAUACAUUUGCUAACAGAGUUCAAAACUUUAGACCUCUAGGUGGUCAUCAGAGAAAUAUGAGUUACGAUGAGUAUCAGCUUUCACCUCCAUUUUCGCCAUCUCCAUCCCCAUCUCCCCCAACAUACUUGUCCAGUGGAAAUUUAAAUCCUAUGCAAACUCGAAUUCGUUCAGGAACUGCCCCUGUUAGUAUCCCUCUUCCAAUGGGGAGCAGAAGCCCUAGAUACCUGUCCCCCAAUUUUUCUGAUCCAAGUAGAAAUUCUCUUCCUCCAUUAUCACCCAGAAGCAUAAGGAAUGACGCUUCCUCUCAAGAGUCUCCAUCUGUAAUCAGAGCAUUUAGAAAAUUAGAGGCUUCAAGGACCGGUGAGAUGCACCCUGGAACAUCAAAUCAUAUGGUUGGUCAGAAGGUGAUGAAAGACAGUAAAGAUGAUUCAGGGCGGUUCUCAGGAUUGUUGUCUUCUAGUGGCUCACCACGUGUUGGAUUUUCUAGAAGCUCCAGUAGAUUAUCUUUCCAGGAUGAUUUGGAUGGGUUUGAGUUCUCAUGUCCUUUCGACGUGGAUGAUGUUGAUACAUCAGAUUCUCAAGUCAGUCAAAAUCUCGAUGGCAGAAAAGCUUCUGAGUAUACAUCACAGUCAUUGCCAAUAGGCAGAAAAUCACAUGAUGCUGCGGUUGGCGUUCUGGUUCAGAUGCUGAGGACAGCUCCACCUCUGCGCCAAGAUUCAAGUUGUUACUCAUCCCAGUCUGUGAAACCUGAACACGAGGGAGGAGUUGCUACAGCUUCUGGUUUCUUUAUGCCUCGGAAGACAUCUGAUGCGCUGGAGGAGCUCAGAAGUUAUAAAGAAAUGAAAGACCUUCUACUAUCAAAGAGUGGAAUGAGGGUGCUUUCUAAAGAAGAAGCAUAA